AUGGUAAUCAAUAUGCCUGUAAGAAAACAAGACGCUUAUCGUGCACUUGAAUUACUUGAAGAUUAUUAUAAUCGUCUUGAUAAGCCAGAAGAUAAACCGCUAAAAACUGCUAUCGAUAGGUACGAUAUUCAAGAAUUUUAUGAAUCAAUCUUACUUGAUGAUCGUCGUGAUUUAAAUAGUAAAAUGAAUGCAACAAUGCAUCUGGCAGAUGAAUGGGAAAAAAGACCAUUGUUGAACAAAGAUGAUAGAACUGGUACUCCACCAUUAUUACCAUCAGAUUCGAUCAAUACUCGUUACCCUCCACCAGCUCAACGUUCCGCUCCACUCGGAGAACCUCUAAGAAAUAAAAUUUUAAGAGAACAACAGCAGCCAUCACAAACACAUAUCGAUGGACUUGGAGAUGAAACACGAACACAUCCUUCUGAUGUAAUACAAUUUAAUUAUGAAGAUCAUUGGAGAGAUGAAGAAAUUUAUUUAGAAAGAUCAGCUGGUGUUGGUCUUGGUUUUUCUAUUGCCGGCGGAUCUGACACUCCGUGUAUCAAUGAUUCACCAUCUGUUGUCGUUACUAGAAUUACAGAAAAUGGAAUUGCUGCUAAAGACAAUAGAUUGAGACUUCAUGAUAUUAUAUUACGUGUAAAUGACAUUGAUUUCACAAAUAUAAAUCAUGCAGCAGCUGUUGAAGCCUUAAAAAAUGCUGGCAAUAAAGUAACACUGUAUAUUCGACGUUUAGUUCUACCUUAUAUGGAAGAGAUUGAACUUCAGAAAUCACCAAAUUCAACGUUAGGUUUUUCAAUAGCAGGUGGAAUUAGUCAUGAACAUGUGAAAGGUGAUCAUGGUAUAUUUAUAACAAAUAUAAUUCAAGGCGGUAUUGCUGAUCAAAAUGGAAGAUUGAAAGUGGGAGAUAGACUCAUUCAUGUUUCGACACCGAAACAUAAUUAUGAUUUACAAUUUGUUGAACAUAAACAUGCUGUUGAAUCGAUUCGUCGUGCAUGUGACGAAAGUGAUGAAAUCAAAUUAACUGUUGGACAUCCGUCGACUGUCCCGAAUACAAAUGGCUAUUCAACACCAAUCAACGGCCAAGUACAUCAUGAAGAACAAAUGAACGGAGAUAAAGACAGAGACAAUUAUGGAAUUGAACGUCGAGUUGUAUUGCGUCGAGGAUCAUAUGGAUUUGGUUUUAAUAUCGUUGGGGGUGAUACAGAUGAAGGUAUAUUCAUCUCAUUUAUUCAAGCUGGUGGUCCAGCUGAUAAAAGUGGCAAUCUACAAAAAGGCGAUCGUAUUAUGUCUGUGAAUCAGAAUGAUCUGAGAGGAGCAUCACAUGAAGAUGCAGCUAAUGUAUUAAAAAAUUGUGGUGAUACAGCCGAUAUGAUUGUCUCUUAUAGACCUGAUGAUUAUGUUCGAUUUGAAAGUCGAAUUCAUGAAUUAAGAGAUACGAUGAUGGGUGGAGCAGGAAGCACGGGUAGUUUGAAAACAUCAACAAAACGACAGUUUUUUGUACGAGCUGAAUUUGACUAUGAUCCAGGUAAAGAUUCUGGUUUACCGGAUUCAAAUCGUGGUCUUUCAUUUCGUGCGGGUGAUAUAUUACAUGUAACAAAUGCAGCUGAUGAUCAAUGGUGGAAAGCAAGACGAGUACAAUAUGACGGAAGUGAAGAAGAUUUAGGAAUAAUACCUUCAAAAAAACGAGUUGAAAAAAAAGAACGUUCAAGGCAAAAACGAGUGAAUUUUAAUCAAUCAGGAAGUCGAAGUAAUACUCUUGAUCGUGAUAAGGCAAAGAAGAAGAAAAAAUUUGGUUUAUUUGGCAAAGGUGGUGAUAAUCGAAAAGAAACUCAAAGUGGUGAUGAUACAGAUAAUGAACCAGAUAAUUUGGAACCAGUAGCAUCUUAUGAACUUGUUACGCAGCAUGAAUUGAAUCAUACUCAACCCGUUAUCAUUUUUGGACCAUUUAAAGAAAUAAUAAAUGAUCAAUUAAUGAACGAUAAACCAGAUAAAUUUGUCAAUUGUGUACCACAUACCACUCGUCCUCGUCGCGAUAAAGAAAUAAAUGGCCGAGAUUAUCAUUUUGUACCGUCUCGUGAACAAAUGGAAGAAGAUAUUCAAAAUCAUUUAUUUAUCGAAGCGGGAGAAUAUAAAGGAAAUUUAUAUGGAACAUCCGUGCAAGCUGUCAAAGCAGUUUCAGAAUCGGGUAAACAUUGUGUAUUAGAUGUGAGUGGUCACGCAAUCAAACGUUUAACGGUAGCCGGUUUAUAUCCAAUAGCUAUUUUUGUUAAACCACCAGAUGUGAAAUGGAUCUACGAUAAUGCGGGUGCAGAUGCUAAUGAAGAGAGCGCACAAAAAUUAUACGAGAAAACAGUUAAAACUGAACAAAUGUUUUUGGAUUUGUUUACUGCUGUUGUUCAAGAAGAUACAUUGAACGAUGCCUAUGAAAAAAUAUGUCAAAUAAUUGAAGAACAACAAAAUAUUGACUUUGUUUGGGUACCAUCAAAAGAAAAAAUUUAA